AUGUUUCGCAAAGCACUUGCUUUAGGAAGAAUUCCAUCUGAAAGAGUUGAAGUAUUCCCAAAUUGUCAGAGAAUUGGACUUGGGAACUUUUUCGAUUUGGAACCUUCGAAAGAAUAUUGUCUUGACUUUGGCUAUUUCAUUGCAAGCAACAAAACAAACUAUGAAGUCACUGCAAAAUAUAUUUCGAAAGAAAAUUCAGAAAUAAAUGAACCUGUAAUAGUAAAAAAUCCUUUUGUGGUCUCAUACGACUCAUCUAAUUAUGACAUACAAUCGAAAGUUAAAUGUUUAGAAAUUUCUGGGGGUUGCAAAAUACAAAUUUUUAAAGUUCACCCUUCAAUUAAUUCGUCAGAAUCGUGGGAAGAAGAUGGAAUUAUCAAAAAUAUAAAUCAAAUCGUAUAUUCAUAUUUUUCAACAAAAUCCUCAGAUUCAUUAUCAUUUGAAGUUAAACAAAUAUAUGGAAGCUCAGAAGUAAAUAAUAAAAAAGAAUUAAAUUGUUUUAUCCAAACAGUUAUUUAUCAAAAUGCUGACAAUUCUAUUAAAGAAAUUACUCGUGCAUCUACAAAUGAAAACAUCAAAGCUAUCAUUUCGGAGGAUGAUUUAUCAAAUGUUAAAACUUUUACUGUUUCAGUCGAAUUUCCAGACAUUGAUUUUGAAAAAUCUGCAAAAGAUGAAGGAACUAUUACUUUAAAUUUAAAUAAAAAAACAGAUCCGCCAGAAGAAGAAGAAAUGCUUUUUGAAAAAGAUAAGCAAUAUAUUGUAUAUGGUGAAAAUAAAAUAAAAUCUCGAAGCGAAAUUGAAGUAGAAACAAAUACUACAAGCAAAGAGAUAAGCGAUCCUAAUAAUCCAAACGGAUCUCGUAACAACAAUCCAACGAUAACUCAGAAACCAUCCAAAUUAACUGGUUGGCAGAUCGGACUAAUAAUUGUUGGUGUCAUAGCUGUUAUCGCCAUUAUUAUUGUUGUUGCAGUUAUCUUUAUUAAGAAAGGAAAGAAUGGUUCAAAAUCUGGUUCCGGAUCAGGUGAAAACGUAUGA